UAAAGCAGGUUGGGGCGUGUGUAUGUGUAUUUGGGGGGACUGAAGGGUACGUGGGGCGAAACAAAACCGGCCAUGGCAGCAGCGGAGGAGGAGGACGGGGGCCCCGAAGGGCCAAAUCGCGAGCGGGGCGGGGCGGGCGCGACCUUCGAAUGUAAUAUAUGUUUGGAGACUGCUCGGGAAGCUGUGGUCAGUGUGUGUGGCCACCUGUACUGUUGGCCAUGUCUUCAUCAGUGGCUGGAGACACGGCCAGAACGGCAAGAGUGUCCAGUAUGUAAAGCUGGGAUCAGCAGAGAGAAGGUUGUCCCGCUUUAUGGGCGAGGGAGCCAGAAGCCCCAGGAUCCCAGAUUAAAAACUCCACCCCGCCCCCAGGGCCAGAGACCAGCUCCAGAGAGCAGAGCGGGAUUCCAGCCAUUUGGUGAUACCGGGGGCUUCCACUUCUCAUUUGGUGUUGGUGCUUUUCCCUUUGGCUUUUUCACCAUCGUCUUCAAUGCCCAUGAGCCUUUCCGCCGGGGUACAGGUGUGGAUCUGGGACAGGGUCACCCGGCCUCCAGCUGACAGGAUUCCCUCUUCCUGUUUCUCGCCAUCUUCUUCUUUUUUUGGCUGCUCAGUAUUUGAGCUAUGUCUGCUUCCCGCCCACCUCCAGCCAGAGGAGAAUCAGUAUUGAGGGUCCCUGCUGACCCUUCCUUACUCCUGGACCCCCUUGACCCCUCUAUUUCUGUUGGCUAAGGCCAGCCCUGGACAUUCUCCAGGAAGGCCUGGGGAGGAGGAGUGAAGUCUGUGCAUAGAUGGGAGAGCCUUCUGCUCAGAGGCUCACUCAGUAACGUUGUUUAAUUCUCUGCCCUGGGGAAGGAGGGUGGAUUGAGAGAAUGUCUUUCUCCUCUCCUAAGUCUUUGCUUUCCCUGAUUUCUUGAUUUGAUCUUCAAAGGUGGGCAAAGUUCCCUCUGACUCUUCCCCCACUCCCCAUCUUAUUGAUUUAAUUUAAUUUUUCACUCCCCAGAGUCUAAUAUGGAUUCUGACUCUUAAGUGCUUCCUCCCCCUCACUACCUCCUUUAAUACAAAUUCAAUAAAAAAGGUGAAAUAUAAAA